UAGCCUACCAGGGACGGCUAGAUGUAUCAAAAACAACAGUUCCCAUCAUCCAUUGCGACCUGAGCUCGUUUCCGCAUCGGCGCAUUGCGGAGCUGACGACACGUUGGGCUGAAAACAGCAUGGCAGACAACGAAGAGAGCGUGAAGCCAAAAACCGAUGAAUUAAUUGAAGGUGCGACUAGUGAUGAAGGUAACAGUCACAUUAAUGACGGCGAAAAUGAAGAGGCAGGGAAGACCUUCAAGGAUUUGGGAGUUACUGAGGUUCUCUGUGAAGCGUGUGAUCAGCUGGGAUGGAAGAGCCCGACAAAGAUUCAGAUAGAAGCCAUACCGGUCGCCCUGCAAGGGAGGGAUAUUAUCGGCCUGGCAGAGACUGGCUCAGGAAAGACUGGCGCCUUCGCUCUGCCUAUCCUGCAGUCGCUGCUGGCCUCACCCCGGAGGCUUCACACCCUUGUCCUCACGCCCACCAGGGAGCUGGCAUUUCAGAUCUCAGAGCAGUUCGAGGCCCUGGGAUCCAGCAUUGGUGUAAAGUGUGCUGUCGUAGUUGGAGGGAUCGAUAUGAUGUCCCAGUCCCUGGUGUUGGCUAAGAAGCCACACAUUGUUAUUGCCACACCUGGUCGGCUGAUAGACCACCUGGAGAACACUAAGGGCUUCUCCCUGCGAGCUCUGAAGUUCCUGGUCAUGGAUGAAGCCGACAGAAUCCUCAACAUGGACUUUGAGACUGAGGUGGAUAGAAUCUUGAAGGUGAUUCCCAGGGAGAGACACACGUUCUUGUUCUCUGCCACCAUGACCAAGAAGGUCCAGAAACUACAGAGAGCCGCUCUGAAAGAUCCUGUGAAAUGUGCUGUGUCUACUAAAUACUCUACAGUAGACAAACUGCAGCAAUAUUACAUAUUCAUACCAUCCAAGUACAAGGACUGUUACCUGGUGUCCAUCCUAAACGAGCUGGCUGGGAACUCCUUCAUCAUUUUCUGCAGCACAUGUAACAGUGCCCAGAGGGUGGCGCUGCUGCUAAGGAACCUUGGCAUCACUGCCAUCCCUCUGCACGGCCAGAUGAGUCAGAAUAAACGUCUCGGGGCACUGAACAAGUUCAAGUCCAAGUCUCGGUCUGUGCUGCUGGCGACUGAUGUGGCGUCCAGAGGACUGGACAUUCCUCACGUAGACUGUGUCAUCAACUACGACAUCCCCACGCACUCCAAGGACUACAUCCACAGAGUCGGCCGAACAGCCAGAGCAGGGCGGUCGGGGAAGUCCAUCACGUUUGUCACUCAGUAUGACGUGGAGCUUUUCCAGCGAAUCGAAACUCUGAUUGGAAAGAAACUUCCCGCCUUCCCUACUCAGGAAGAGGAAGUGAUGAUGCUGGUGGAGAGGGUGAGCGAGGCCCAGCGCUUUGCCAGGAUGGAAAUGAAGGAGCAAGGUGAGAAAAGGAAGCGGCCCAGAGGAGGCGGUGGAGACGAGGAUGACACAGAACAAGCAAGCGGCGUGAGGAAGAAAGUGAGAGGAGGAGGAGGAGGAGGAGGAGGAGGAGGGAAGAAGAAGGGUGGAGGAGCCUGGAGGGGAGGACGCUGAAGCUUCCAACAUGAACACUCUGUACAUAACCUCCUGUUUUCUGUGUAAACCUCUAUGAUGACAGCAGCAUUGAGUGUAGAAGCAAACAACUAUUUAAUUCUAGACCACAGGCCGUGACUGUCCACCUCAGAUGUUUCCAUUUGUAAUAAAAUGCCAUGUGAAAUCAAAG